UAUCAUCUCAACUUUUCACAUUCUCUCAAGUAUUCAACUUAACUUCCUUGCAAAACCUUUGACAUUAUCUCAUUUCUUCCUAUUUCUUUAGAGACACAAAUACAAGAAUGGGAUUUAGAUUUCCAAGCAUAGUUCAUGCUAUUCAAAGACCCUUUUCAAGUUCAAAAGAUGUUCCAAAAGGGUAUUUGGCUGUUUAUGUUGGAGAAAACAAAAUGAAGAGAUUUGUGAUCCCUUUAUCAAUUUUGAACCAGCCAUCAUUCCAAGAAUUGUUAAGUCAAGCUGAAGAAGAAUUCGGAUUCGAUCAUCCAAUGGGAGCUCUUACCAUUCCAUGCCCAGAAGAUACAUUCAUUGAUCUCAUUUCAAGAUUAAAUGCCUAAUGAUUGGCAUUAUUACACACUGAUUAUAUAUUAUUGUUGACUAUUUUUAACAAUAAUGAUUGUUACAAUUUUGCAAUAUGGCAAACUAUGCCAAAUGCUAUGUAUAUAUUUUUCCUUGGGGAUCAACAAAAAAGUUGUACUCCCUAAG